AUGGCUACGACGGCGACUAAUUCUGCAUCUCGCUUCUCCAUUGAUUCCUCCUCCUCCUCUCUGUCUCGAUCACGUCACGGCGAUCCCUCUCCCUGGAUGAUCCCUGCUCCCCAUGAUCAUCCCUUCGACACUUCCUCUGACUUGGACAUUGCUGAUAAGAAGAAGCCUGUCUGGAACAUGCCUUCUUCUCAUUCUCAAUCUCAUCCCUCCUCCGCCCCUGUCAUGGGCGCCUCCGAAUCCUGGCCUGCUCUCUCUCUUUCUUCUACUGCUACUGCUACUGCUACUGCUACUGCUACUGCUAGGCCUUCUUCCAACAAGUCUCCCUCUUUCGAUUCUGAUGGAUCCUCCUCUUCCUCAUCCUCAUCAAUGCCAAUGCCUCCUCCUCAGGCUGGUGGAACUCCUCUCAAUUCUACUUCCAAUGCCAUCAUUACUGGCUCGAGUGUUGCAGCUACUUCAUCUGAAGACCAUACUGUUAAUGGCCAUAGGAAACCUUUUCGACCGAGUAACAACAACAACACAUCAUCUUCCACUAGUAACAUCUCCAAUGCAACCCCUGCUCCUCCUCCUUUUAGCACCAGAGAUCAGAAUCACAGCCAAAGGGGUGCCUUUUACCUUUCCCGUACUUCUUACAGGAAUCGCAACACCAGCUCUUACCCUCGUGGGGAAGGCCAUGGAAACAGGCGCCAUUAUGAUCAUGAGGGGAACCAAAGCGGGUUUUCUCACCGUAACCAUACCGGGAGAGACAUGCACUUGCAACCGCAGAGAGGUAUUGGGAUGAUGCUCAUGGGGCCACCAUCUUUUCCUGCCACUAGUGCGCAAUAUUUGGCAGCGCCUCAAUAUGGUGGCCCCAUGCUCUACUCAGAUUAUGCACCGCAUGUCUUUAUGCCACAUCCAUCUCCAGAGCCGAUAGGUUUAGUUGGACCCUUCCCACCUCUACCGCUGUUUCUUUCUAGUUUUGAUGCCAUCUUGUACAAUAAGAUAUUGACACAAGUAGAAUAUUAUUUCAGUGCUGAUAACCUGAGCAGAGAUAAACACUUGCGGGAUCAGAUGAAUGAUGAAGGUUGGGUUCCUGUUAGAGUUAUAGCAGGGUUUAGGAGACUUGCAGAGCUGACCAACAACAUCCAGACUAUAUUGGAGGCGCUGAAAAGUUCACAAGUCGUGGAAAUUAAUGGUGAAACAUUAAGGAGGCGAGGAGAUUGGGACAAGUAUCGAUUGCAUCGUGAGUCUUCAGAGUCCGGUCCAGCGGCAGCAGCUAGCGACAACGCCUCACUGGUGUCUCAACUUGAGAGCAUUACACUGUCAGAGGGGAGCAGAGAGGGGGAGUAAAGAGAUGUGACUAAGAAAGAGAGAG